AAAUAUCAAAAACAAAAACAAAUAAAAAACCCAUGUUGAAAAACGUCAAAACAAAAAUACCCAAAAAAAGAGAAGUCGAGAUUGAUAGAGAUUGUGAAUUCGUUUGUUGUUCCAUUCCCAUCAAUCCUGUACGAAAUAAUAGUCCCUUAAUUCACAAUCUCCUUACCAAACCAACCCUUCAUUUCUUGACCCUUUAACCCCAACUUCAAUUCAAUUCAAUUCAAUUCAAUAACCCACAAGACAAGAUCUUGCCAUGAUGUGAGAUUGUGGUAUUGUUUAUCUGGAAUUUUUAUUCAGGAAAGCGAAAAGAGGAAUAAUAUAAUGUUAGGAGGUGUUCAAUUGGGUGUAUUGGCUGCUUGUGUUGUUCUUUUUGUACCUAUGGGUAUGGCUGGCUGGCAUUUGAGCAGGAACAAGAUGCUUUUUUUUAGUGGUGCCCUUUUUAUUACUCUUGCGGUAGGCGUUCAUUUAACUCCUUAUUUCCCUUCCAUUUCUGAUUUUGUUACUUCCGUUCAAUCUGUUGUUGUAUUUGAUAAUCGUGAGGAUUCUUGUAUUAAUUUGGUUAAUGAAGUUGUUUGGGAUGUUAAACGUAGCCAUGCUGAUACUAAAAGCAAUAGUCUUGUUCAAUAUAGUAAUAAUGAUAGUGAAAAUGAUUCUAUGAGUUAUGAUAAGAUUUGGGAUUGGGCUAAAACAGGAAAAGUCAAGGCUUGUGAGUUUCAAAGACUGGACAGGUUUGAUACUUCAGAUUUGCUUAAUGGGUCUUGGGUUGUGGUAGCUGGGGAUUCACAAGCUAGGUUAAUUGUUCAAUCUUUGUUGAAUUUGAUUUUAGAUUCAAAACGAAUGGAAUCCAUUGAAGGUGAUUUGUUUAAAAGGCAUAGUGAUUAUGAGAUUGUUAUAGAAGAAAUUGGUAUGAAGUUGGAUUUUAUUUGGGCUCCUUAUGUGGUUAAUUUAACAGAUUUUAUGACCAGUCUUAAGCAGAAUAGAAGUUAUCCUGAUGUUUUGGUAAUGGGAGCAGGAUUAUGGCAUAUGCUGCAUGUUAAUAAUGCUUCUGAUUAUGGCAUUGAUUUGGAAUUGCUGAGGAGUUCUGUGGUGUCUCUGUUACCAUUUUCGCCGGAGUUGGGCACAGAUGGCCCUGUUACUGGUUCUGUAUCUGUUAGAUCGCCACAUUUGUUUUGGCUUGGCAUGCCAAUGUUGAUUAAUGGCAUGUUAAAUUCAGAGGAAAAGAGGGAGAAGAUGAGUGAUGAAAUGUGGCAUGCUUACGACAGAGAGCUGCGGAAUAGUAGGCUCUUGCGUAGUUAUGGUGGGCCACUUUUAUUACUGGACAUACAAUCAAUGAGUUGGAAUUGUGGCCCUCGGUGCACUGCUGAUGGGAUGCAUUAUGAUGCAGCUGUUUAUGAAGCUGCUGUUCAUAUUUUGCUAAAUGCUUUGCUUAUUGAAUCUCAUCAAAAACUUGGAGCUACGUAGUUUGGACUUCUAUUAGAUUGCAUGACUAUCAUUUUGAAGACAAGAAAGUUACAUCAAACCAUCUUAGAGCUUUUGACUCACACAACAUGCGAAGUUUUGUCAUGUUGCAACUUUGAUAUUUCCAGGUUUUUCCCUUUUGCCAUCACAUUAACUGAGGAGUAAAUUUUUGUAUCAGUAUCUACAUAUUGAAAUUCAUUGUUUCUUGUUUAUUUUCAUAUGAAUGAAUGUUGAAUACUCACAAUACUUGUAUUAAAUGAUAAAAAUCAAUAACAAAGAUUUGUACCAAUAGUAAAUAGAUGUACUUUUGGCAGUCUAAGCAUCCAAUGAAAUUCUUUUCAUGGAA